AUGGCAAAUGCACACGAUAUCAUUAUGAAACUACCCAAAGGAUACGACACAGUAAUUGGCGACGGUGGCAUUCAAAUAUCCGGAGGUCAGAAGCAACGAGUGGCCAUUGCCAUCAGGAAUCCCAAGAUGUUGCAACUGGAUGAAGCGACUUCUGCUCUGGAUGUUCACAGCGAGAGGCUUGUUCAGGAUGCAUUGAACAACGCAAGGAAAGGAAGAACCACAAUAAUGAUUGCUCAUCGCUUAUCGACAAUUCGUGGAGCAGACAAAAUUGUGUAUGUGGAAGACGGGAAGGUGGCGGAAUAUGGAACCCAUGAGGAACUGAUUUCUCUAGGACUACGGUAUGCAAUGAUGGUCGAUGCUCAGAAGUUUGACGACGAUCAGGAACGGGUUGAAGUGGAUAAUGAAGAUGAACAUUCUCUACAAGGAUCAAUUCAAGAUUCAGACGGCGACUCCGAACUUCCAUCGACAUCCGACCAACAAGCAUCUCUCCCUCACAUCACUCCAACUCAAAAAGACAGGUCCACGACUUACGGACUGCUGGAUGUCUUCAGAAACUCUUCUGUAAACUAUCUGCACAUGUUGCUAGUUACUAACUUCGCUAUUCUGAGAGGUUUCAAGCUUUCCCUCUGGUCACUUCUGAUCAAUUGGGUAUACAACACCUCCAAAAAACCAUUAGCCGAGAUGAAGGAUAAACUUUGGAAGAGCAUUUUUCUGUUCACAGCCCGCGAACUCUACAUAACGAUCACACGGAUUUCAUUAAGCUACUUCGCCAGCAAAACAUCCGAGAACUUGAUUCAAAGACUUUGGCUUGAAGAGACUGCUUUACCAAGACGGAGAAAAUGGAAGGGUUUUUGGAAUAUUUUCAAUAUAUUCUUCCGAUAUUCCCUAUUCCUGCGAGUUGUGUUGGAGGAUGAAAUCUCUGGAACCUUCCAGAGAAAUGAAUACCGAGACGGAUCUAAAGCUCUCCAAGUUUUGGACAUGGCCGAUUUUUCUAGCCGUGGAUUUUGUGUAGAGUUAGAAGACGAAAAUGUUAAGUUCUACACAAUUGAGCAUGGACUUGUGGAGAUGGAAAGAAAUGACGAGCCAACGAGUCUUGACAACUUAUCAACCCAACCACUCUUUCAACAAACAAACAUGCGCAUGUACGGAGAAGAGAAUAUGAAAUAUAUGGCCGCUAAGUACCCAUGGAAGAGUUUCGAGGAGGCAAAACUGAAGAAAAAGAAGAUUGAUGUCAUUUUGAACACCGCCUUCAUCGUUAAGCCUCAAAAGACGAAAUGUUUCGAAUUCGGCAAAUGCUUCUCCGCCGCGAAGAAGAUCUUUGAGAAGGGUCUGACCUCUUCAAAAAUUUCAAAGACAAACAUUUUGGAAACGAUCCUGGAGGAGAGCAUUAUCCUGCGCUCCAAGGGUUCAAUGGUCGGGAAUAACACCUGGAAAAGAUGCGGGAUCGUCUUCGAGAAAAGUGAUUGCAACGACGUCGACAGCGACUGA